AUGCAUGUUCCGCCGGGGGUGGGAAAGGCUGUGACACCAACUGGAUGGGGCAUCAUAUCCGCACGGUACGAAAGAAGAUCUAAUUCCUGUGCGAGAAACAAUACUCUUGCUCUGAUUGACCUGAUGGGCGGAGGCCAUCUUGCAUUUACCCAGCAUGCCAGCAUCGAGACGCGCCUGAUAUUCCUUGUCAAGGACGAAAUAGCCAGAGACCGCGAGAGACUUGCACGUCCGCAUAGCGGACCUACUCCUCUAGGAUGUUUCUGGCUCUCUGGAUGCUUGAUGAACAUCAUUCCCGCCUUCCCAUGGGUCUUCUGUCCAGGCGUCUCCCUACUUACGUCGAAAUCCGAGUGA